AGCUCAAGAAACAUACCAAGAUUACACAGGUUCUGAUAUGUUCCAGCUGACUCUUGCUGAAAUGGAAGAGGAGCUCGGACACGAGGAAGCCAUUCGAUUGGACGGACAACUGACACUGCAGAAAAGCUCUAGCGGGUAUACAACAAGAGCAGCGCAAGAAUUACAGGAGAUUUUGCGCAGACGGAAGCAAGACUGUGA